GGCGCGCCAAAGUCAACAAGACCGCGCCAAAGCUGCGGCUCUUUCAAAGCCCACUUCUAUGCAAACAAACACAACCACAGAUCUGGACACACGAGCAGCACAACACGACAACAAUCGCAAUCAAUCACCAUGGCUACCCAAACCAAUUCGCCAAUUCCUUUGAAGCGUCUCGAGCAGAUUGCGACAGAUGCUUGCAACAGCGCUCUGGCCAACGCCGAGUACUACGAACACCCCAAGACGGCAGAAUGGAAUGAGACCAUCAUUCAAAAAAUGCUCAAGGCGGUGUUGUCCGAAGCCACACCACAAGGAGCCUCUGCAUCGACCUACAAGUUCGCCAUCAACAGCACCAUCGUGCAGCAUGUGGUCCCAACAGCACAGCUGAACAAGUCUACGGGCACAAGUAUGUCGACCGACGACGAGGAAGCGAAGGCUGCGUCGGCAAAGAAGGGCGCGGCGGGCCGGCGCGGUAUGCAUAGCGCGACGGGCGGAUACUGGAACGAGAAGACGGAUGGCAUGUGGAGCUUCAAGUUUGACGGCGAGGCAAAGGGUCUCGAUGUUGUCAUAAUGCUCAUCUGGAUCGCCGUCUAGAGAGAUGUGAUUCUUUCUGGCAUUGUUUAUUAUCUGCGGCAGGGUCUACUGAUGGUAUUGACAGUGCUGCUUCAUACGUAUCUAACGCUUUUUACGACCAAGGCCUCCACAAACUUGACACUAGAGCUUAGGUAGGCAUUUAUUAUCUACGUCAGGUACUGUGCGGCUAGGUGGACGGGUAGUAACGACAUCAUUCUGUGUGGGUAGGACACGGUCCCGGGAACAGCUAGUCGUUUCUCUUCUCCGCAGUCCGAAGAGGAAGUUUGUGCCAGCCUGCACAUCUAGCCCAAGUCCAGAAGACCGGGGAAAUCUCAAGCUUUUGCCGCCGGUGUUCCGUUACAGCACCGCAUUUGCCCGCAUAUUCAGUGCAGCUUCGGUGGUGAAAUGGGGUUAUGGAAAAGGGUUCAUAUUGGCCGACAG